AUGGAUGUGGAUCAGCAGGCAGAUUUGCCUCCCGCCAAAGAGCAAGUCGUCUCCGCCACACCCAAGCGCAUCGGCGCGCUGCAGUUUGGCCUUUGUUCGCCGCAGAAUAUAGUCGCCCAGUCGGUGGUCAACAUCAACGACCGGAACUUAUACGACCUCGAGGCGGACCGCGAGACUGGUAAGGGUCGUCCGCUAACCAAGCAUGGGCCACUGGACGAAAAGCUGGGCACAAGCGGCAAGAACUCGCUUUGCCAGACAUGCGGACUGGGCUUGAAAGAGUGCAAUGGCCACUUCGGUCAUGUCAAGCUCACCUUACCGGCGCUACAUUAUGGAUACAUGAAAAAGAUUGUUGACGUGCUGAGUUGUGUAUGCAAAGGCUGCAGUCGCAUCUUGCUACCGGAGAAGGAACGGCGUGUUGCACUUAGGCAGUUGCGCAGGCCGGGCCUUGAUAGCCUACGCAAGGCGGCACUCUGUAAGAAGAUUAGCGCCGACUGCAAGAAGAUCAAAGUAUGUCCGCGUUGCGCAGGUCUCAACGGACCCGUCAGACGGCAGGCACAUCAUCCGGUCAAAAUCAUGCAUCAUCGCUUUGCGAAGUAUACUUCGAGCAAUGCCAAGAGCAAGCAGAAGCCGCAAGCCAUGGUGGAGUUCGAGGAGAGCUUCACCGAGGCGAAGAAGGCGAGCGCGGACAUUGAGCGGAAUAUGCGGCGUGCGCUGGAUGACCUUACGCCGCUAAGGGUGCUACACAUCUUCAAGAAGAUGCCGGACAUGGAUGUGGAGCUGCUAGGCUUAGACCCGAGCAGAGGCGGUAGACCCGAGUACAUGGUGUGGACGCAUGUGCCAGCGCCGCCGGUGGCUAUCAGACCGUCGGUCGCGCAGGACGCAGCCAGCACGGAAGACGACAUUACCAACAAGCUGGGCGACAUUGUACAGAUCAACAACCUCCUCAAAGCAGCACUGACUCUGGGCCAACCGAUCACCAAGGUGAUGGAGAUGUGGGAGUUCUUGCAGGUUCAGGUGGCUAUGUACAUAGAUGGAAACUGCCCGGGACUUGGUCGAGAUAGCCAGUGGGGUCGAAUGAUGCGUGGCUUCUGCCAGCGUCUGAAGGGCAAACAGGGUCGCUUUCGUGGAAACCUGUCAGGCAAGCGUGUCGACUUCUCCGGACGCACGGUCAUCUCACCCGAUCCGAACCUGGGUAUCGAUGAGGUAGCGGUGCCCGUGCGGGUGGCGAUGCAUAUGACCUAUCCUGAGCGAGUCACUUCCUACAAUAUCGAGAAGCUACGCAAGCGUAUCUUGCGAGGCACGCAGAAACAUCCCGGAGCGAACCAUGUCGUCAAGGCUCGCGACGGCCGGAAGAUCAUGCUUCGGAUCAUGGAGCAGAAUGGCAAGCUUCAGCAAGUCGUGGACCGGCUGGAGAUUGGCGAUGUUGUCGAGAGGCACCUAGAAGACGGUGAUAUUGUGCUCUUCAACCGCCAGCCCUCUCUGCACAAGCUAUCCAUUCUGAGCCACAAGGUCAAAGUGCGGCCAUGGCGGACAUUCAGACUGAACGAGUGUGUCUGCAAUCCCUACAAUGCCGACUUCGACGGUGAUGAGAUGAACCUGCACGUCCCACAAACGGAAGAAGCACGCACCGAAGCCAUCGAAUUAAUGGGCGUCAAGCACAACCUCGCUACACCCAAGAACGGCACGCCCAUCAUUGCAGCCAUCCAAGACUUCAUCACAGGCUCCUACCUUAUCUCACAAAAAGACCGCUUCUUCACCCGCCGCCAGUUCUGCCAGAUCGUAACCUUCAUGUUCGAUGGUAUGCACGUCGACGACCCGCUCACAGGCGAACAGCGUGACGUGCAGAUCCCACCGCCUGCCAUCUUCAAACCGCAAAGCCUCUGGACGGGCAAGCAAGUCUGGAACGUCCUCAUGAAGCCUCACCCCAGCUACCCCGUCAACGUCAACCUUGACGCGAAGGGCAAGCAGUACUCCGCUCCGCUCGGCAACACCGCCCCGGAUCUUCUACCCAACGACUCCUACCUCGUCGUCCGCAACAGCGAAGUCAUGUGCGGCACGAUGGACAAAGCCGUCAUUGGCGACGGCAAAAAGGACAGCAUCUUCUACGUCAUCAUGCGCGAUUUCGGACCCGAGUACGCUGUCGCGGCCAUGAACCGGCUGGCGAAACUCUCUGCCCGCUGGCUCACGGAGCAGGGCUUCUCCAUCGGCAUCUCGGAUGUGUAUCCCAGCGGAAAGCUGAGGGAGGAGAAGGAGAACCUGGUCAAAGCCGCUUACGCCAAAUGCGUGCACCUGAUCAAGUUGUACAAUGAAGGCAAGCUACAGCGCGACCCGGGUUGCGACGAGGAGCAGACGAUGGAGAACCAGAUCUCUGGCAUCUUGUCCGAGGUGCGGCAGCAGUGCGGUAAUGUUUGCUUCAGCGAACUCUCGCGCUUUAACGCGCCAUUGACCAUGGCCAAGUGCGGGUCGAAGGGUAGCAACAUUAACGUCUCCCAGAUGGUUGCCGCGGUCGGCCAGCAGAUCAUCGGAGGUAAGCGAGUGCUUGAUGGAUUCCAGGACCGCACUUUGCCACAUUUCAGCAAGAACUCGCGCGACCCGCCCGCGAAGGGGUUCGUGGUAAACUCGUUCUUCAGUGGGCUGAACCCGACAGAGUUCAUCUUUCAUGCCAUGUCCGGCCGAGAAGGGUUGGUGGAUACGGCUGUUAAGACGGCGGAGACGGGGUAUAUGUCCCGCCGGCUGAUGAAGAGUUUGGAGGACUUGAGCGCGAGGUAUGACCAUACCGUUCGGAACAGCAGUGAAGGUGUCGUGCAGAUGCGGUUUGGAGAUGAUGGGCUGGAUCCCCUGGAUAUGGAGGGGAGUGCCAAGCCCGUCCAUUUCGAGCGGACGUGGAUGCAUGCUGUUACUAGCACGUGGGAUAAUAGUGAGAGAGGUCUGAUGAGCGAGGAGGCGAGCGAUAUUGUUGCGGAGAUGUUGGAUGUGGAGCGGAGGAAGUUGGUGCGAUUUGCGGAUGAUGGGAGGGAAUUGCCGUUUGGCGAUACGAGUGACGAGGGUGUUGAUCAGCUGGAGAGCGUGCGCGGGUUCCUCGAGACGGUGAGGGUGUUUGUUGGCACGAAGGUCAAUGCGGUCAUCAGCAGUCAGGCCAAGUAUACCGGUAGCGUCAACGGUAAUAGCGACUUGCGCCGCCUACCGACGAGCUUCAAGAUCACGGAAACGGCGCUCCGGCUCUUCCUCACACUCUGCCUGCGCAAGUUUGAGAAGUCGAAAGUCGAACCCGGUCACGCGGUGGGAGCCGUCGGCGCGCAGUCUAUCGGCGAGCCGGGCACGCAGAUGACGCUCAAGACUUUCCAUUUCGCCGGCGUGGCGGGCAUGUCCAUCACGCAGGGCGUGCCGCGUAUCAAAGAAAUCAUCAACGCCAGUCGCGUGAUCAGCACGCCGGUCAUCACGUGCGCGCUCGAUAGCAGGUACGAGGAGCUUGCGGGCCGGUUCGCGAAGGCGAUCAUCCAGAAGACGUAUCUGAAGGAUAUCGUGGCUUACGUGGAGGAUGUGUGGUUUGUGGGCGGAUGUUAUCUGAAUAUGCGGAUUGAUUGGCGCACCGUGGAGGGGUUGGGGUUGAGGAUCGGCAUGGCGGAGGUUAAAGAUGCGGUGGAAAGGCAUAAGGGGUUUAAGACGCUGAAUGUGGAGGCCCGAGUGGUGGGGGGGUGUCAUUUGAGGGUCUUUUGCGAUACGCCGAGUGCGUCCCAGACGAAGAAUGCGGCGGUGACGGAUGAGUUGUUCAUGACGAUUCAGCAGCUUAAGCGACGUUUACCGAAUGUGGUUAUUCGAGGCUACCCGGACGCUCACCGCGCGAUUCUGAAGAAGGACGAUAAACCCGACCGCACCGGCCGCGAGCCCAUUUCCGUGUUUGUGGAAGGCUACGGCCUGAAACUCUGCAUGACCACGCCCGGCAUCGACGGCUUGCACACGACCACCAACUCCAUUAUGGAAGUCGCCUCCGUGCUCGGCAUCGAAGCGGCACGUCGCACCAUCAUCUCCGAGAUCUCGAGUGUGAUGGGAGGGAUGGACAUUGAUCCCAGACAUAUGCAGUUGUUGGCGGACGUCAUGACGUACCGGGGCGAAGUACUGGGGAUCACGAGAUUCGGGUUGAGUAAGAUGAGGGAUAGUGUCCUACAGCUAGCCAGUUUUGAGAAGACGCCCGAUCAUCUGUUCGAUGCGGCGGUGGGCGGGAAGAGGGACGAGGUGAAGGGGGUUAGUGAGUGUAUUAUUAUGGGCCAGCCGGUUAGGAUUGGCACGGGAAGUGUGGGAAUUGUGAGGCCGUUGGGGGUGGAGGAGGAGGAGAAGAAGGUCACGCUUCCGGGUUUCAGAGCUGGAAGGGGGAGGUGUGUGGAGGAGAGGAGGGCGGCGAUGGAUGCAAGGAGGGCGGGGCUCGUCGUCGGUUGA